AGUUUCGCCGACCCAGAGAUGACAAAGGGCGUUGUGUUAGGAGUUUAUCCCAAAGGAGGAGAUGAGGACGUGCCACAGUUCACCAGCGCAGGAGAGAAUUUUGAUAAGCUGGUGUCCGGAAAGCUGAGAGAACUUUUGACCAUAUCUGGACCACCUUUGAAGGCGGGCAAACCCCGAACCUUUCACGGUCUGCACGAGGACUUCCCCAGCGUGGUGGUUGUUGGCCUUGGCAAAAAGACAGCUGAAGUCAAUGACCAGGAAAACUGGCAUGAAGGCAAAGAAAACAUCAGGGCUGCUGUUGCAGUGGGCUGAAGGCAGGUUCAAGAGCUAGAGUUCUCUUCUGUGGAGGUGGACCCCUGCGGACAUGCCCAGGCUGCUGCAGAAGGAGCCGUUCUCAGGCUGUAUGAAUACCAUGAUCUGAAGCAGAAGAAGAAGGUGAUGGUGUUAGCACAGCUCCAUGGAAGUGGCAACCAGGAGGCCUGGGAGAAAGGAGUCCUCUUUGCUUCUGGGCAGAACUUGGCAUGCCACUUGAUGGAGACCCCAGCCAAUGAGAUGACGCCCACCAGGUUUGCCGAGAUUAUUGAGAAAAAUCUCAGAGGCGCAAGCAGUAACACAGAGGUCUACAUCAGACCCAGGUCUUGGAUUGAGGAACAGGAAAUGGGAUUGUUCCUAAGUGUGGCCAAAGGGUCUGAGGAACCUCCAGUCUUCUUGGAAAUCCACUACAAAGGUAGCCCCAAUGCGAGCGAACCGCCGCUGGUGUUUGUGGGGAAGGGAAUUACCUUCCACAGCAGUGCUAUCUCCAUCAAGGCUGCUGCAAAUAUGGAUCUCAUGAGGGCUGACAUAGGAGGGGCUGCGACCAUAUGCUCAGCCAUUGUGUCUACUGCAAAGCUCAGUCUGCCCAUUUAUGUCGUGGGUUUGGCCCCUCUUCGUGAAAAUAUGCCCGGCAGUAAGGCCAACAAGCCAGUAGAUGUCGUUGGAGCCAAGAAUGGAAAGACCAUACAGGUGGAUAACACCGAUGCGGAAAGGAGGCUUAUACUAGCAGAUGCACUCUGCUAUGCACACACCUUUAAUCCGAAGCUCAUCAUCAAUGCAGCCACCUUAACAGGAGCCAUGGACAUAGCUCUGGGGUCUGCGGCCACAGGUGUCUUUACCAAUUCAUCUUGGCUGUGGACCAAACUAUUUGAGGCCAGCAUUGAAACAGGGGACCAGGUCUGGAGGAUGCCCCUCUUUGAACAUUAUACAAGACAAGUUGUAGACUGUCAGCUUGCUGAUGUCAAUAACGUUGGGAAAUACAGGUCAGUGGGGGCCUGUACAGCUGCAGCUUUCCUAAGAGAAUUCGUGACUCAUUCUAAGUGGGCUCAUUUAGACAUCACCGGUGUGAUGACCAACAAGGAUGAGGUCCCGUACCUGAAGAAAGGCAUGACCGGGAGGCCCACACGAACUCUGAUCGAGUUCUUACUUAGGUUCGGUCAAGACGAGACUAAUGCUUAG